CCUUUCACUCUUCUGCGCCAUUCUGAUCUCGCUCUCUCUCUCUCUCUCUCUCUCUCUCUCAUUGUAUAUGUGGUCAGAGACUCAGAGCUCCCAUAACCGAGCACAGUUCACUCAACCACCCUGCUGUUCCUUCUCUUUAGCCAAAAGCCAUCACAAAUUCAAAACCAAAGCUCCAUCUCUCUGUGUUUUACUUCCUUCUUGUAUGGCAAGUUUCAGAAGAAAACUGGCAAGUGGGUCUUAAAAACUAUUUAAUUUCUUCUCCUCGAUCCCUUCUCGUUCAUUUUUAGGGGCCAUGACUUCAUGGUAACAUGAUAAUAUAAAUGCAUUUCUCAUCAGUGAAUUCUUUUUUCACCAUCCCCAUGAAUUCUUCAAUAAAUCUUCGGUUUUUCACCGCAACCAGAGCCAUUAUUGUUCUUCUUCUUCUUGUUCUCUCUCCAGCCUCUUGUUUUAUUUCUCUUCGGGGACUAUUGUUUGCUGAGAAAGCCAGAUUGGGCUCAACACCACCGAGCUGCCACAACAAGUGCAACCAGUGCCACCCUUGCAUGGCGGUCCAAGUCCCCACCAUGCCCAGCCGCGACCGGGUCCGACCCGUGGGGAAGACCCGACCCGCUAAGCCCAUGGUGCUCUUUGACCCGUCUCAUCUGGAUAACAGGUACUCCAAUUACAAGCCACUGGGUUGGAAAUGCCAUUGUGGUGACCACUUCUUCAAUCCCUAGGUGAAAAUUUCCAUCCUCAAGAUGGAAAUAUGGGUUUAAUUUGAUUUAUGUAAACUAUAUAUUAAUUAGUUUGUUAAUUAAUUAGCUGUUCUUUAGCUGUUUAUUAUAUUGUAAUUUGUUUAAGGGGGUCCAUGGGAUUAUUUAGAAACAGGGGAUCUUGGUCCUGUCACCAUUAUAUGUACACUUUUAGGCAUAUUAUACCGUAUUGUACAUAAUAAAAUUGUGAAACUUUCUGAGCUUCUGAUGUUUCCAACUUUGUUCUUGUUUCUUCUUAUAAAAAUAAAAAAA